GACCAGAUUGAUACCCUGACUUCUGACCUCCAGCUGGAGGAGGAGAUGACUGACAGCUCCAAAACGGACACUCUGAACAGCAGCUCCAGUGGCACCACAGCCUCCAGCAUAGAGAAGAUCAAGGUUCAGAACAACGUCCCACUCAUGAGGACCCGUGCACACCCCACUGCCAUCCUCACUGUCCUCAGAAAGCCAAACCCCCCUCCACCUCCCCCACGGCUGACACCUGUGAGGUGUGAGGAACCUCCAAGGUCAGUGCCCACAGCCAAUCCUGUAAAGACUAAUGGCACUCUGCUACGGAAUGGAGGUCUACCUGGUGGACCCAAUAGAAUCCCAAAUGGAGAUGUCUGUCACAUACCCAACAGUGACAUGGACAAGGUUUCACUGCAGCCUCUGACACACAGACCUGAAAAAGACAGGUGUCCCCAGUUGGGACCUCGGGAACGAGUGAGGUUCAGUGAGAAAGUGCAGUACCAUGGCUGCUGUCUUGACUGUGACACUCGACAUAGCACGAGGAACAGGGAGGCCCAUCUACAUAGUGAGACUGUCCACCCACCAGGAAGGGCUCCCCGCCUUGGCCCUCCUCUUCCUCCUCCACCCCAUGGCCCUCUUGUUCCCCUAGAAAAUGGAGGACUGGGAGUCAGCCACAGUGACAGCUUCCCCCCUCUCAGACCUGCAACUGUGCCUCCACCCACUGCACCAAAACCACAGAAGACCAUCUUGAGAAAAUCCACCACCACCACAGUGUGA